AUGGGGGUGCUUAUGGUUCCCGAUAUCAAGAAAGGUUCCAAGGUUCAACGUGGGGACAGAAAAAACAGUUUACAGCUGUGGAGUCUAGUGGCUCUGGUGGACAGAGAGGUUCGCAGAUGCUAAGUGGUGAGUUAGAGGGACAGGUUCCUUCCUUCAAUCUGAAUCGAAAGGGUAUGGGACCUGUGUGGCCAAAACCGUUGUAUAAGGUCAAACAGGGGAGCGCGGUGAAACAGAAUGCUGUUGCAAAGAGAUCCCAAGAGGAAGAGGAUGCGGUUGGGAGAGGUUCCACUUCUCAGGCUGUUACGGUUGCUCCGGAAGAGACUCUCACCGGAUUGGUCAAGGAGGGAGAGGAGACUGGCUUUAUGGAGGAGAAUGAUGACUUGUUGGAGGAGGGAGAAUAUCCCGAAGGUGAUGAUGCGGUUAUACCUGAUACUGAGUUGGGUAAGGAGGACGACACUCUCACCGAGCAGGGUACGGAUUCACAGUCGGAUAUGACUGGUGAUUCACAAGGUGCAGGAAAAAAACAGAAGAGUCAGGGGAGGCAAGAUAUUCCCUUGAGAGGUAAACCAGCGGAUGGUAGUCGUCAAGUCAAGAAAGGGACGGUGGCUCUCCCGAAACCACCGGCGCACACGUGAAGAUCCUGAGUUGGAACUGUCAGGGCAUUGGGGUUGAUCUGACAG